UUAGAUUGGUGAGUAAGGUGACCAAACAUACUUCUCAUCUCCCUACCCAAAAUCCAAAUCUAAUAAAUUUACAGUUGAGGAGGAGAUAAAUACAAAGAGGCGUUAUUAAUAUCCUGCUCUCCUAAAAACUUCCCAAAUCCCAUUUUUAUUUUAUUCCACUAUAUUACUAUUUCAAAUAAUACUCUUCUUCAAAUCCCAUCUUCAUUUUCCAAUCUUUCAAUAUUCUUCUGAUAAUACUGUAAAACAUUGUUGAUUAAGAAGGUCCAUUAAUGGCGAUUCCAGCUGCGGCUGUUAUCGUACCUCUGGGCCUUCUCUUCUUCCUUUCUGGCCUCAUCGUUAAUGUCUUUCAGGCUACUUGCUUCAUUCUUGUGCGGCCAAUUUCAAAGAAUACAUACAGAAGGAUCAACCGAUUUGUGGCGGAAUUAUUGUGGCUAGAGCUUGUAUGGCUGGUUGAUUGGUGGGCUAGAGUUCAGAUCAAAGUUUUCACAGACCCCGAGACAUUACGGCUGUUGGGCAAAGAGCACGCCCUAGUGGUAUCAAAUCAUAGGAGUGACAUUGAUUGGUUGGUUGGAUGGGUGUUGGCUCAGCGGGCAGGUUGCCUUGGUAGCACACUAGCGGUUAUGAAGAAAUCAUCGAAGGCGCUUCCAGUGAUUGGUUGGUCGAUGUGGUUUUCAGAGUAUCUUUUCCUCGAGAGAAGUUGGGCUAAGGAUGAAAAUACAUUGAAGUUCGGUAUUCAACGGCUAAAGGACUACCCUCUGCCUUUUUGGUUGGCUCUCUUUGUCGAGGGCACUCGAUUUACGCAAGCUAAGCUUCUAGGUGCUCAAGAAUACGCAGCUUCUCAAGGCCUCCCAAUUCCUAGAAAUGUCUUGAUCCCACGUACAAAGGGAUUUGUUGCGGCAGUUAAUCACAUGCGCUCAUUUGUCCCGGCAAUUUAUGAUGUUACAGUCGGCAUCCCGAAAAGUUCACCACAACCUACAAUGCUGAGGCUAUUCAAAGGACAAUCGUCCGUGGUUCAUGUGCAUAUCAAACGACAUAAUAUGAAAGAUCUUCCUGAAUCGGAUGAUGCGGUUGCACAAUGGUGUAGAGAUGUAUUUAUUGCCAAAGACGCUUUGUUGGACAAACAUAAAGCCGAUGACACUUUUGGGAAUCAGCUUCUUCAAGAUCUUGGUCGACCAUUGAAGUCUCUUGUGGUCGUUAUGGCUUGGGGAGUUACCAUUGUUCUCGGAGUGAUAAAAUUUCUUCAAUGGUCAGCUCUUCUGUCUACAUGGAAAGGAAUCGCCUUUUCAGCUGCAACGCUAGGACUGAUUACGGCUCUUAUGCAAGUAUUGAUACAAUUCAGUCAGGCGGAGCGCUCAACCCCAGCUAAAGUAGCCCCCGCAAAGCUCAGAAACACGGUAGAAUCAUCAUCAUCGUCAUCGUCUGAUGUUAAACAAGAUAAGCAGCACUGAACCGAUAGCAAAUUGUUCAUUUGAUCUUAUUUAUUGUCUGAAUAUUUCUUAAACAAGUUAUUUAUGUUACUUCAUGUAUGUUACCCAUUAUUGCUCAUCUUCAGAUAUAUUACGCUUCAGUUCCAUUAUUAUGUUGAAUUUUCUUAAAAUAUGUAUUCUACAACACAAAUUGUCUUUUAAGACCGUCUUAAAGACAAGUUUUAGUUCAGCUAAAUAGUUCAAUUAAAUUGAUUAAAUAUCCACUUUGGAUAUAAAAAUGCUCAUUUUUUGAA